AUGGGCUUCUUCCGGUACUUCGAAUACUUCCUCGCCCGGCUCCUGUACUCACACAAAGGACGGGACGCCAAACUACUGACCCGCCAACCCAUCUUCGCCACCGUCCCCAAACUCGUCCAAGUCACGUCACCAACACUGGGCGGCUCGCCCGCGCACCUCUCCACCGAGUACUCAGCAUACGGCGAGUCGGUGUUUCCCGACCUGUCGUGGUCUCUGGACGAACCCACCACCAAGGGCGUCGAGGUCAAAGAGUGGCUCCUGAUCAUCGAGGACCCAGACGCCCCGAUCCCCAUCGUGCCGAUCCACGGCCUCUACUACGCCAUCCCGGCCACAAAAACGUCCGUCUCCCCGCACGAUUUCAACCUCGACACAUCCAGGUCUCCGUCGCUCGAGAGUCCCGGACCGAAAUGGCUCACUGGGAACUUCAGGCUCGGCAAGAAUUGGCGCGGCACGCUGUAUUCCGGGCCACGCCCACCCGUCGGCCACGGCGAGCACAGGUAUUUUUUCCAGGUGAUCGCUUUAACGGACAGCUUGGACACGCACAAGAUGAAACCCGUGGCCACCAGGGACGAGCUGCUCAGGGAGAUGCAGGGGAAGAUUUGUGGAUGGGGGGAGUGGAUUGGGAUUUAUGAGCAGAAAUGGUAG